AUGUCCCAGGAACUUAACCUCAACUUCCUGAAGGGACUGGAGCAAGAGAUUGUUUUGGAUGUCUUGUAUCGUGACCAGAUGUUGAGAAAGAUGGAGGAAGAAAGAAUAAGGAAACUGAAAAUGCAGCUGCAGGAACUUCAGUGGAAAGGUUCAAAAAGCACAAGCCAGGAAUACUCUGAGAAGUUAUGUGCCCGCUGUCAGAAAUCUCUUGGAGUGCUGAUGAAUAGAGGUGCUGUGUGUAAUGGAUGCAGCCAUCGAGUAUGCCCUGGAUGUCGCAUCAUUCUGAAUCCCUACACGUGGAAAUGCACUGUCUGCUAUGCUCAAGAGGAUAUUAAGGCAAAAGCAGGCGAGUGGUUCUUUGAGGAGCGAGUAAAGAAAUUUCCAGCAGAAGGUAAACAUGAAACUGCUGGCACAAAGCUCCUGGAAUCUUAUCAGAAAUUAAGUAACAUUUCUGUGAUUCCUCCAACACCUCCUCCAUUCUCUGAAUCUACAAGUGGAGUUAAUACAGUGGAACAUGACCAGAGGAAAGGCUUCCAUCGGUCUGUGGAAAACUUAUUUCUGUCUUUUACUACACAUAUAAAAAAUAUCUCAAAGUCCCAGAAUGACAUGACAGUUGACAAAUAUCUUCUAACAGCAGAUUAUGGGCAGGAGAUGGAACUAAGGAAGGAAAGGAGGAGUCAGUCUGAUACUGCCAUUGAUAUUGCAACCAGGGUAAAACUUGCCCCAAGUCUUCAGCGACUUAUAAGUGGAGCACAAGAUGGCAAUGGAAUUGCUCCUGAGAGGAAUUGUCUUCAAAAGGUUGUUUCAUCCAGUCCCCUAAGUAGCAUAUUUUCUGCAGGCAUAAAACGAGGCAGUUUGUAUAGCCUAAACAGCACAUGCAGUGAAGCUGGCAAUUUUGAGGAAGCUGAUGUCAGUGGUGAAAUAGAAUUUGCCAUCAGAUAUAAUUUCAAAUCUAGCAUGUUAGAAAUAUUCAUCAAGGCCUGCAAGAAUUUGGCUUAUGGAGAAGAGAGGAAGAAAAAGUGCAAUCCGUAUAUCAAGACAUAUUUGCUACCUGAUAAAUCACCUCAAAGUAAACGGAAGACGUCUAUCAAAAAGAACACAGUUGAUCCAACUUUCCAUGAAACAUUAAAGUACAAGAUUGAAUACUCUCAGCUGGAAAUGCGACAACUUCAGGUGUCUGCCUGGCACUCUGGAACUUUCAGACACCGAGUAUUCCUUGGAGAAGUGGUCAUAUCAUUUGAAUCUUGGAAUUUUGAAGACAAGUCAACUCAGUUGCUUAGUUGGUAUCAACUCAAAGCAAAGGCUGAACAGUCAGAAGAUAACAUGAUUAACUACAGUGGAGAACUUCUGGUACGUGCAAAGCUGAUUUCACCUUCCCUUUGUAACAACUCUGAAUAUGAAGAUCAGAUGAAAGAAAAUAGAAAACACUUGUUUCCUCUUGCAGCGACAGAAGACAAAACAUAUCCUGGUUACCAGCUCCAUCUUAUAGUACUUGAGGCCAAAAAUUUGCCAGCGAUAAGACCUGACGGCCUACUGAAUUCAUUUGUUAAAAGCUGCCUUUGCAUCCUGGGACGACGUGACAUGAAACAAAGGACUCCUGUGCUGAAGAAACAAGCCCAUCCACAUUGGAAACACUUGUUUGUCUUCAGUGGGGUUACCACAUCUCAGCUGCAGCAGUCUUGUCUGGACUUAACAGUCUGGGAUCAAUCGACUUUUGGCUUACGCAAUCAGUUCUUGGGUGGAGCAAGGCUUGGAACAAAAGUCCCAACCAGAACCUCAGAUGCAACCUCCCAAGCAGAUCUUCAAUGGCAAAAAGUACUCAGCAGCCCAAAUUCAUGGACAGAUAUAACACUUACUCUACAUUCCAAUGCUCAUGUAUUUAACUUCUGAACCAUUUUCAGACUGUCUUCUGCAGCUACAGUAGAUAGAAAGCUAUUUUGUAGCAUUAAACCUUGUGU